UUUCAUUUCUCACAAAUCAAAGCCUCACCCUCUUUCCUUCCGUGGGUAGGUGCAUUUCCGUCUGACACACACACCCAAGAAAAAAAAAAAAAGGAAGCAGCAGCAGAAGAAGAAGCGAUUCUUCCCCUACUCUCAGCCCCUGCUCGUCGUUUCGAUUUCGCCGCCGAUCCUUUUCCGUUUUCUUCCCUCUGAAUUUUCAACUUUACCCCUCACAAUUCCAGUAAGUCCAUCUCUUCUCCCCUCCCUCACUCCUCUCUUCCAAUCUCUUUCUUUCCAAACAAACUGAUAAAAAAGGGAAAAAAAAAAGAGAAGGAAGAUUUAUGCAUGUUAAUUCGAUUGAGAUAAAAAUUGAUGGGGCACAAAAAGAAACACGUUGCUCCACGGUCAAAACAGCCGCCGCCGGUGGAUGCUGUUAACGAUUCAGCUGAAGCCGAGCUGAGUGGCAAUAAUGCGAAGAUCGAGGUAUUGACGGUUCCCGUUGAAUCCGAUGGUUCGCCUUCGUCGUCGUAUUCGGCGGUUAAGGUAGAGUGCGAGCGAGCCCUAACGGCACUCCGACGUGGCAACCAUACCAAAGCGCUUCGGUUGAUGAAAGAAUCCUGUACUCGCCACGAGAACUCGGCUCAUGCGGCGCUAAUCCACCGCGUUCAAGGCACGGUCUGCGUGAAAGUGGCGUCCAUCAUCGAUGACCCUAACGCCAAACACCGGCAUUUGAAAAACGCGAUCGAUUCGGCCAAAAAAGCCGUGGAAUUAUCUCCGAACUCGAUCGAAUUUUCUCAUUUUUAUGCUAAUUUACUGUAUGAAGCGGCCAACGAUGGAAAAGAGUAUGAAGAAGUGUUUCAAGAAUGCGAACGCGCAUUGGCCAUUGAGAAUCCGGUGGAUCCCGCCAAAGAAAGCUUACAAGACGAGAGUCAACAGAAAAUAUCAACCGCGGAGGCAAGGAUUUUGCACGUGCAAAGUGAGCUUAGGUCGUUGAUACAGAAAUCGAAUUUUGCUUCAAUUUCUACAUGGAUGAAGAACUUAGGGAGUGGAGAAGAUAAGUUUAGGUUAAUUCCGAUACCGAGAGUAACUGAGGAUCCAAUGGAGGCUAGGUUGGUGCAAACGAGAAGGCCUAAUGAGAUUAGGAAAGCUACAAAGACACCUGAAGAAAGAAGGAAAGAGAUUGAGGUUAGAGUUGCUGCAGCUAGGUUGUUGCAGCAACAGAAAUCUGAUGCAGCUUCGUCUUCACCACUGUUGCAAAGUGAGGGAGAGAGGAAUGGACUGGAUUUGACUUCUGGAAGUGGACAAAGAGGAGGAGCGGAUAGGAGGAGGAGGAAGAAUGGUUCUACAGCUGAAAGGAAGGAUUGGGUUCGAUCGUUUUGGAAUUCAAUGAGUGUUGAUUUGAAGAAAGAUUUGCUUAGGAUUAGGGUUAGUGAUCUCAAGGCAUAUUUUGGUUUGUUGAAAGAUGGAUUCGCGAGUGAGGUCUUAUCAGAGGCUUUAGCAUUUUCUGAUGUUAAUAAAACUUGGAAGUUUUGGGUUUGUUGUAGGUGUAGUGAGAAGUUUGCAGAUUCAGAGUCUUAUAUGCAGCAUGUUGUUCAGGAACAUAUGGGGAACCUCAUGCCUAAAAUGCAGACUGUUUUGCCGCAGAGUAUUGAUGAUGAGUGGAUUGAGAUGCUCCUUAACUGCUCUUGGAAUCCUUUGGAUAUUUCUGCUGCAGUUAAAAUGAUUGGGAAUCAAUCUAAAUUUCGUGACUCAGAGUUUUUGGAGGAUUUUUACUCAGGGAAUCAUAAUGAGGAGUGUGAUGAUUGCUUCAAAGAUGCGUGGGAUUCAUCUCCUGAGAAGGAAAAUUUUGGGGAUCGCUACAAUUGUGGUAGUGUAGAGGGCAAUGAUUGUAACAAAGUUUCUAGCACUGAGCACAAAGAAUGUGAUGGAAACCAGGGUUCUGUAGCAUAUCCCCUUGGGGAUAGUUGGCCAACAGUGGAUGAUGCUGAGCGUGCAAAGUUGCUUGAAAGAAUUCGUGGUACAUUUGAACUGCUUAUUAGACAUAAGUGCCUUGCUGCGAGCCAUCUUAACAAGGUGAUACAAUUUACAAUGGAUGAGUUGCAGAGUGUGGUUUCUGGUUCUCAGCUUCUGAAUCAUGGUGUAGAUCAAACACCCAUGUGCAUUUGUUUUCUGGGAGCUACACAACUUAGAAAAAUCCUUAAAUUCUUGCAGGACUUAUCUCAUUCUUGUGGUCUGGCUAGAUAUUCUGAGAAGACUGCUUCUGUGGAUGAUGAUGUGAAUGGUGCCACUCAGAUUCUUGAGGUUAAAGAGAAGAUUGUUCUUAAUGCAGAUGCUUCGUGUCUCCUCCUGGAUGAACAUUUAUUGCCUGAUGCAGCAAUAGAGGAUGCUGCCCAGGCAAAUGCUAAUUGUAGUUCUGGAAAUGGGGUUUUGCAGGAUGCUGAUUCUCUACUGUCCUGGAUCUUUGCUGGCCCCUCAAGUGGGGAUCAAUUGGCAUCAUGGAUGCGCAUGAAAGAAGAGAAAACACAGCAAGGACUGGAAAUUCUCAAGAUGCUGGAGAAGGAGUUUUAUCACCUACAGAGUCUCUGUGAGAGAAAAUGUGACCAUAUAAGCUAUGAGGAAGCAUUGCAGGCUGUGGAGGAUCUCUGUCUUGAAGAAGGUAAGAAGAGGGAGACUGCUACUGAAUUUGUUCAUCGAAGCUAUGAAUCUGUCCUUAGAAAGCGAAGAGAAGAACUUGUUGAGAGUGAAAGUGAUGUUAUGCUCCACAGCAUUAGAUUUGAGUUAGAUGCCAUAUCAAAUGUUUUAAAAGAAUCUGAUGCACUGAAUGUCAAUCAAUUUGGCUUUGAGGAUACUUAUGCUGGUGUGACUUCUCAGUUAUGUGACUUGGAAUCUGGUGAAGAUGAUGACUGGAGAGCUAAGGAUUAUGUGCAUCAAGUGGACACCUGCAUAGAAGUUGCCAUUCAGGGACAGAAGGAACAAUUAUCAGUGGAGCUAAGCAAAAUUGAUGCAAGAAUUAUGCGAAAUGUUACUGGGAUGCAGCAGUUGGAAGUCAAACUUGAGCCUGUGUCUGCACACGAUUAUCUAUCAAUAUUGUUGCCUUUAGUGAAAUCGUACUUGAGGGCACACUUGGAGGAUCUGGCUGAGAAAGAUGCUACUGAGAAGUCUGAUGCUGCAAGAGAAGCUUUUUUAGCUGAGCUUGCACGUGACUCUAAGAAGGGUGUUCGAGGGGGAAACGAUAAUUCCAGACAUUCACAGGAGAAAAACAAGGAUAAGAAAAAGAACAAAGAGUUCAGAAAAUCCAAGGAUUCAAAGGCCUCUGGUGGAAAUGAGCAGCAUGUGCUUAAUGAUGAGACUGCUGAUCUAGUUUCUUUGGCAGUUGCUUCUGAUGGUGACCAUCUAGAUUCUGAAGCUGUUUCUGUGAAUGGUGAUGACUUGAAACGAGACGAGGAAUUUAGACGAAAAAUUGAGCUUGAAGCAGAGGAAAGAAAACUUGAAGAGACUUUGGAGUAUCAAAGACGGAUUGAGAAUGAGGCUAAACAGAAACACCUUGCUGAGCAAAAUAAAAAAACUUAUCAAGCAUUUGCAGAGAAAGCAGCAGAUGGAUUGCAUGAUGCUUACUUGGAAGGCAGUGAUCUAGAUAUUCAGGAACAUUUGGCACUAAGUAACAGGGUCACAAACAAUUUGGAUAGCAUACCAAUGAGCACUGCCAAUGGUUUAGCUGUGCCAGUAACUUCUAAAACUUCUGGCACUCAUACUAAAUUUAAACAAGGACUAUCUAAUGGUGCUGUCCCAGAGGAUGGUCUUUUUCCCGGUGAUAGACGGACAGGAAGAAAGAGUAGACGACAUAAAAAUUCCAACAAAUUUCUUGAUGGAAAGUAUCAAGUUGUGUCAUCUGAAAAGGAAAACAUUCAAGUUGGAAGCCCUCAUAUCAAUGUGGAAGAACUAGUUAGAUUUGUUGAUGGUGUCCCUCUGAACAGUGUUACUCCUAUUUCUGGAGAAGGCGGUACAAAAACUUUAAGACAACUGCAAUCUGAGGAAGAUGAUGAAGAAAGGUUCCAAGCUGACCUUAAGAAAGCUGUUCGCCAAAGCCUUGACACAUAUCAAGCACAACAGAAAUUGCCCUUGACUUCAAGUUUGAGAACAGCACAAAGGGUACCUUUGCAAGUAAAUAACCAUGGUGUCUCACCAAAUGAGGUCUCCAGUGAAGAUUUGAAUGAAACUGAUGUGUUUGGUACAGGCCUUCAGAAUGAAGUUGGCGAAUACAAUUGCUUUCUGAAUGUUAUAAUACAGUCAUUGUGGCACUUGAGACGUUUUCGUGAUGAAUUCUUGCGGAGAUCGACGUCAGAUCAUGUUCAUGUGGGAGAUCCAUGUGUUGUCUGUGCACUAUAUGAAAUCUUCACUGCCCUGAACAUUGCAUCUACUGAUGCACGGAGGGAACCAGUUGCCUCUACUUCACUAAGAAUAGCUCUUAGCAACUUGUAUCCAGAUAGUAACUUUUUCCAAGAGGCUCAAAUGAACGAUGCUUCUGAAGUAUUGGCUGUAAUAUUUGAUUGCCUUCAUCGGUCUUUUACUUCUGGUUCAAGUGUUUCUGAUGCUGAUUCUGUGGAAAGCAACUGCAUGGGCUCUUGGGAUUGUUUAAACAGUGCUUGUAUAGUGCAUUCCCUUUUUGGAAUGGAUAUCUUUGAACAAAUGAAUUGCUACAGUUGUGGUCUGGAGUCCAGACAUUUGAAAUACACUACUUUCUUUCAUAAUAUAAAUGCCAGUGCACUGCGAACAAUGAAGGUUAUGUGUGCAGAGAGCUCCUUUGAUGACCUUUUAAAUCUUGUGGAGAUGAACCAUCAGCUAGCUUGUGAUCCAGAGGCUGGUGGCUGUGGGAAGCUCAACUAUAUCCAUCACAUUCUCUCAAAUCCACCACAUGUUUUCACAACAGUUCUAGGUUGGCAGAAAACAUGUGAAAAUGCUGAUGACAUAGCUGCAACACUGUCUGCCUUAAACACUGAAAUAGAUAUUAGUGUCCUUUAUCGUGGUCUAGAUCCAAAAAAUAAUCAUAACUUAGUCUCAGUGGUUUGCUAUUAUGGGCAACAUUAUCACUGUUUUGCCUAUAGUCAUGAUUGUGAAAGAUGGAUUAUGUAUGAUGACAAAACUGUCAAGGUGAUUGGUGGCUGGGCUGACGUUGUCACAAUGUGUGAACGGGGGCACUUGCAACCGCAGGUUCUUUUCUUCGAAGCUGUAAAUUAAAAAAUUUUGGUUGAAUCUUGUCACAUUAUUUGAUGCACCAGAUAGCAUUGAGCUUAACAUGGGUUUACCAUCUGAUUGCUGUUAGUGGUGAGGUGUUGUUCAUAGUCACAUUGCAGCUUACACCCAUGCAGUUUAUAUGGUAAAAACAUGCAAAAUUGGUUCCAAGGCAAGUUUAAGAAGUUUUGUUUGUUACAAAAUCCAGAGAUGUGAUAUAAAUUCAAGAGUUUUUGUAGGAGAAAGUGGUGUUUGUGAGGGAGGAAAUGAUGUAAGAAGAUUUUCUUGAAAUUGAGGAAAUUGGAUAAUGGAAGAGCAUGAAGUUAGUUUUUUUUUUUUUUUUUGGGUACUCCUGUCCCCAAGUACUUUUUCUUCUUUGAACCUCCCAAUAAGGUGGCUUUGGCUUUGGUUGAGAAAAAAAAAAAAAAGCAAAAGAAAAAUUAUAUGAUUAGGUGGCCAUGAAUGCAUGGAUGGAGCAUGUAAUGCUGCAAAGAUCAUUACCAGUUUUUGCGAGGAUAUAGGCAUUGUUAGUGGGGAAGUUAUUAGAUUCAGAAACUGUGGUAGAUGUUUUUCUUUCAUUCCAUAUGAUCAGUUUUUAUUUUCCCCAUUAUUUGAAAGAGGUUCUUCUGUAUAGAUCAACAUCAGGGGCCCCUUGGGUAUUGUCUUCAUUCAACUCAAGAUAUCCCAGCUGAGGUAAAAUUUUGUUGU